AUGCCUAGACCCGGAAAAUCGCCCGUCAAGCAAAACCCGAACACCGCAGUCAAGCAUCUGCCACGACACGAGCUGGAAGCUCUUCACUCCGCAGCCUGGUCGCAUCUUUGUACGAAGGCCAAGAAUGAGACUUCUCUAGAAGUAGUCGACCUGGACGAGAGGUUCUUGCAAGACUUUGCGGAAGACUUUGUGCUCGAUGAGGCACUAACUCAGCAAUACUGGCCACGUACAGAACAUGGAAUGUGGGCGUACAAAUUCUCGCACAACCUUGCUGUGACCUAUGUCCUCGAAUACUUCCUUGGCAGGCAGAUCGACACUGUUGGCAACACGGGCCAAGCACCGGCGCCCGAAACGCCGAAACGCACUCCGGCCAAACUCGCUGAUUUUGGAAGUCAAUCCUCACACACUGUUUUCGAAAGUCCGCCAGGAAGUGUUGCGUCUCGGCCAUUGACGUCCGGUGAAGUCGAUGUCAAUUCGGAUUCAGACAAACUGCCUCCAGGACCCCAUGUUGCUCGGCCGUAUACAUCGAGACCGUUGCGUCAGGCCAGAUUAUCAGAAAUUUUCUCACCCAGCGGGCCCAAGUCUGUGAAGCAACCGGACACACCAGUAUCGAUCGAAGAUUCAGCAGACCCAGAUGUGUCCGUUGAGAGACCCAUGACUCGCAAAAGAGCCAGAGAAACCCAAGGCGAGACUCACCUACCUUACAAGCAAGCUCGAAUGCCUGAGGAUCAGUCCAUAGAUUCGGAAUUCUACGUUUUCAACGGCACGACCUACCGGCGAAAGCAGAGGCCGAUUGUCGGCAGAGUCCGCUCAAAUCAGGUGCAUGAACGUGAUUCGGGCUUAUCGAACUACACAUCUGAGUCUCAGAAGGUCCAGACUAUGAGUCCAGGGCGUCUGGGAAACCAACCUACACCAUUCGAUGAUCAAGUGCCAGAGUUUGGGUCAGCCAGACACGGGAAGUCAGACUUCACCCAAUGUGAGCGCCAUAAUGAACCGAGCUUCAACAGCAAAGGUCAUGUGCAGGGGUCUGUGAAUCCUUUCUGCGCAACCUUCAAGUUGAAUGCGAAUGCAUAUCCAUUUCGGCGCUUUCAGAAGGACGUACAGCUCCGCAUUGACGCUAAAUUCGACGGGCAUGACAUCCUCCAUCUGAAGCAAGUCGACCAGAAGCUCCAUCUCAGUCUACUAAGCGACGAGCUAUUCAACGCAUACCCUCAGAUUCUGGAAUGUUCUCCUACUGCCUCCAGUGCACACCGAGAGAGCAUGAGGCAGACUUUGCAUAAGUUCUUACUGGAGGAGCUAGAGAAGAAGAAGAAAACUCUGCGACAGUCGGCUGUCGAGCAAAUGGUCAAGCGCUCCUCAACCGACCCUCCUCCGAGUCCUCAAGUGGUCCAAGAUGAGGUUGGGGACUGUGCGUCGGUACAGCCAACAACACCUGCACGUCAAGCAGUACAAGUUCCAGUCCCAGAGAUUCACUCAGCACAUCCUCUACAGCCGGAACACCAAGCCGAACAGCCCAGAGCACCCGCCGCAGCGGAGCAUUCUGCCACUGAAACCCAGACCGUCUUACCACAGGCAAGCCACACCGAGCCCGCUUCUGCAGAGACCCUGCUCGACAAGGUGCGUGAUGUCGUGUUCCAGUACACUCAGAAAUGCUAUGUCACACACUUACAACAUGCCGAGGAUGCGACACUGGAGACCGACAAGACGAGAUACCGAGACAGGGCCAAAUUCUCUUCUGAUAUGUACCUCGAUCUCAAAAGCCGUAUCGACAAUCUGUGCUUGAGUGAUCCGAAGGACCAGAAGCCAGUCUCGGAGUGGUCACUAUUGCCUUGA